AUGUCUAGUUUCCUAGGGUCAGCAAGGGCCCUUACCCUCGACGUGGCACAAGCUACGCGCAAUGUCGGCUCGAGCUCUCCGUCCCUCAGCCCAAGAGACAUUGAGAGGAAUCUUGAGAGCGGGAGUGAUAAAGAUGUGUUGGGCGCCUUGCGGCUGGUUAUAUCGAUGAUGUAUCGAGGCCAAGAGACGCUGGGUUUCUUCAAGUCUGUCGCCAAACAGGUUGCAGCGACGAAUACCGAGAUCAAGAAGCUGGCCUAUAUAUACCUCACCCAUCAUGCCGAGGAGGAAUCCGACCAGGCUCUCAUAUCGGUCAAUAUCAUGCUUAAGUCGUCACAAUCCGACCCAAACCCACAGAUGCGAGCCUUGGCGCUCAAGACGGUGUCUGGAAUCGGUGCGGAAUCAAUCAACCCAUAUGUGCUGGUUGCUGUCAAGCAUGGAGUCGCCGACAUGAGUCCUCAUGUGCGGAAAGCUGCAGCGCUCUCUAUCCCAAAACGCUAUCGCUUAGAUCCUAGCCAGUCGCCAGAACUGAUUGGCUAUCUCACGACUCUCAUCGGCGACAAGCAAUACUUCGUAGCUGGUGCAGCCGUAUCUGCUUUCCUGGAGGUCUGCCCGGACAGAAUCGACCUGAUCCAUCCACACUACAGAAGCCUGGUGCGGAAGAUUGUGGACAUGGACGAAUGGAGCCAGCUGGCCAUGCUUAGGCUCAUGGUAUAUUACGCUAGGAAAUGUUUCCCUAGGGUUAAGGAGCCCGCCGCAACUUCACCACAUCGGGAUACGAAUGCGGAUGACUUUUAUGCCGACUCGCCACAUGCCAAGAAGACGCAGCAGGUUCCCCUCAACAGUGACCUGCUAUUGUUACUCAACAGCAUCAAGCCACUGCUUCAAAGCCGAAAUUCAGGCGUUGUUGUUUCAGUAACGAGGUGCUACCUUGAAAUUGGCACUCUAGAAUACGUCAAGCUCGCUAUUGGGCCAUUGAUUGCACUUUUGCGGGGGGCACAGGAUAUUCAACAGCUUGCAUUAUACAACAUUGUUUCAGUUUGUCUCAAGAGGCCAAAGGACUUUGUCAAAUAUGCCACUCACUUUCUUGUUAGGGCUACUGAUCCUGCGCCGGUAAGAGAACUCAAGCUGGAAGUGUUGACACUCAUUUUCCCGCACAGUCCGCUCCACAUCAAGAGUCUUAUCUUGAAAGAGCUGGAACACUUUUCUCAGAGCUCAAACAAGGCUCUGGUACUGGAAGCGGUAAGGGCAAUUGGAAGAUGUGCCCAAUCCGACGCCAAGACGGCCCCCAGAUGUCUCAAACUUCUUCUUAGCCAAACCACUAGUUUAGACGGGACUUCAACAGCAGAGUCUUUGACAGUCAUUCGUCACUUGAUACAGCAGGAUCCUGAAGGCCAUGUCGGAACUGUCGUUCGGCUGGCCAAGAAUCUUGAUUCAGCGUCUGACCCGCAGGCCAGAGCCUCCAUUAUUUGGCUGGUGGGCGAGUUCUCUGGUCUGAACGGCGAAGACAAUAUUGCCCCAGAUGUUCUCCGUAUUCUGUUGAAAGACUUUGUCAAUGAGCCUGAGGCUGCCAAGCGACAGAUUUUACUUCUCGGAGCCAAAGUUUACCUUCAUUUUCUGAAUAGAAAGUCUGACACUGAGAAGACCGAGGAAACAGAAGAGAAUUCCCAACAAGAGCCGGACGCCCACCCUAUCACCCGUCUGUGGGACUACUUACUCCUACUUGUAAGAUAUGACACCUCUUACGAAUUGCGAGAUCGGGCUAGAAUGUAUAAAGCGCUGCUUGAGGUCCCUCAACUGGCUACAUUGAUACUUUUAGCACCCAAACCGGCGCCGCAAGCUCCCAGUCCAUCGGAGUCGAGAAAGGGGUUUUUGUUGGGCUCCUCGACGCUAGCUCUGGCUGGCGGCGGCGGCAUUCAUGGUCUGAGGGGGUAUGAAGCACUUCCCGACUGGGUCGAGCCGGGCAGAGAACCUGAUCCUCGCCUCAGAGACCAUGCCGAUGGCGGCACGUCUCCUCGACAUGGUGAACAGAGCGCUGUGCCGGCAGGUCAUAUGUUGGACCAAGCCGUGACCUCGAGGCCGCCACCUAAUAAGCUGAAUGGCUUGGGAGAGGGUGUGGGCACCAAGACUUUGGAUGAUUGGCUUGCAGAGGAGGAGAGUGAAGAAACAGAGGAGGAAACGGAAGAGGAAACCGAGGAAGAAGAGACUGAAGAAGAGGAGGAGGAUGAGGAGGAAGACGACGACGACGAGCAGAGUGAUGAAGACGGCGAGGGUGAUCGCCUUGUCAAGGGAUAA